AUGUUCCACCAGGUGAAGGUUCGCCCAGAAAACCAAGAUUCAAUAAGAUUUCUGUGGUGGAGAGAAGGCAUAGACGAAACACUGCAAGAGUACACGAUAACAGUACACAUAUUCGGAGCAGCCGACUCACCCUGCUCAGCUAACUCUGCCUUGUUGAGAACUGCUGAUGACAAUGAAGGAAGUUUUGAUCCGGUUACUAUAGCCACUCUUAGACACAAAUUGUAUGUUGAUGGCCUCUUGAAAUCAGUACCAACACCGGAAAGUGCAAUUGCGCUGAUGGAAAAUAUGAUUAAACUUUGUGCUAAGGGUGGAUUCAAUUUGACGAAAUUUGUUAGCAACAACCACAAGGUUUGGGCUUCUAUACCUCUGGGAAAGAGAACUGACCCGUGUCUGGAUGUCAAUCUUGAUGAAUUGCUCGUCGAUAGAACACUGGGGGCACGGUGGCGCAUAGAUUGGGACACGUUUGGUUUCAAGGUCUUGGAGUUUAAAAAAAAUAACACCACGAGAGGAGUUCUAUCGACAGUCUUCUCGGUCGUGGGCCCACUGAACCCCGGUGCGCCCGUAAUGUUGUCUGUGAGGCUAAACAUGCAAGAACUGUGGAGGUUACAAAGGGCGUGGGAUCAAACUCUCGAAGGAGAACUCCUCUAA